AUGAAGUCUUCCACUUUUGCUCUCACUGCGCUCACGGCCUCACUCUCUUUAUUCACCAGCACACACGCUGCCCCCUUCAGCAACGGAACCGCCAGCAACAGCACUGUAGGCGGAAGCUGCUCCGCCGUGCAGAAGACCGAUGAAUCGUCCUACUACUCCGUUGUUGGAGUGCAAGGAACAGGAGUAUACCCCCGACAGGAGCUUCGCGAGCUUGAACAGGAUGCGGAAACGUGGAACCUUUUCUUGCAAGCCUUUGCGCGAUUUCAAGCAAUGGAUCAAAGUGACAAAGUGUCGUACUUCCAGGUCGCAGCCAUACACGGAGCUCCAUUUGGGGAGUGGGACGGAGUAGCGGGCGACGGUUUGAUGGGCUACUGCCCUCACACGAGCAACGUUUUCCUGACUUGGCACCGCCCAUAUCUUGCGCUCUUCGAACAGGUUCUUCAAAGGAAGGCUGUGGAGAUCGCCAACGAGUACUCAGCGGGCGAUGCUCAAAGGAAUGCUCUCUCGGUUGCAAACCGCGUUCGUCUGCCAUACUGGGACUGGGCCCUCAACCCAGAUAAUAGCACCGAAGGUGUGAUGCCUACGUCUCUUCGAAGCCAAUCAGCCACCAUCACCUUCCCGAAUGGCACCUCGGGAGAAAUCCCGAAUCCGCUCUACGCAUACAGUUUCCAUCCCUUGAAGUACGACGAUUUCUCUGCGCUUGUGAGUCGGCUCUACUUCGAAUGGGCCGAGUAUGAGUUUAAGGACUGGAAUACGACGAUCCGCCUCCCUGAGAAUGGCACUUCACCCACUGCUACAAGCCGCAACGAUGUUGCGAAUGAGCGUGCCACCACGGCUCAGCCUGACAACCGUGAUUCGCUCUAUAAGCUCUUGACUACGUAUCAAACGUUCAACCAGUGGAGUAGCGCGGCAAGCGGUAGUGAUAUUGGUAGCGUGGAGGUACUGCAUAACAGUUUUCACAAUAUGUUUGGUAUGGGCAAUAUGGGGAUUGUGGAGGCAUCAGCUUAUGACCCCGUGUUCUGGUUCCAUCAUUGGUAUGUGCCGUUAUGUCCUGCGAUCAUCAAACUCCCGUGGAGAAAGGCCUCACUGACCGACUUCAGCCAAAUGGACCGUCUCAUGGCCAUCUACCAAUACCGGUAUCCGGAUACCUGGGUGGAGGCAGCAUCUCAGUACAAAGGAACGUACUACUAUGACGUCAACAGCAUUCAGGAUGCUAAUUCUCCGCUCGAACCGUUCCACAUGAAUGCCAAUGGUGACAUGUGGACGUCCAACCUCAUUCGCAACUGGACAUCCUUCGGCUACACGUACCCUGAACUGGCUGACAACCCUUCCAACACUUCCCUCACCGGCACCAUUAACAAGCUAUACAAGCCACAAACCCUGGGUCUUGACAGCAGCAACUCCAGCAACUCUACUGAAGGUUCAUCGGGUCCCGCUAGCAACAGCAGCGCGAAAGCGACGGAGUGGAAUGCCCAGGUCAAGAUGCCUGCCGAUAUCCAAGUAUCAUACUCCGUACGCUGCUUUUUGGGCGAGCCGAGUUCUGAUCCGACACAAUGGGCUACCGAUCCGAACUACCUCGGCCAGGUGGCAUCGACAUCCUCUCCACGCAUGAGCUCUGACGUAACGUUUACUUCUACUGUAUCCCUAACCGACAAAUUGUACAAGAAAUUUCAGACUGGCGAGCUGACAAGCUUGACCGAUGAAGCCGUCUCAGCCUUCCUCGAGAAGAACUUCCACUGGCGUAUCCAAGCACUUGACUACACCGAGAUCCCGCGGUCUUCGCCGCCUCAAGGCUUGAACGUUACCGUAUUCAAUAUUCCCAUUUCAUUGCCCAAAAACGACACAGACGUACCGAAGUGGACUGGCUCCAAGGACUUCAGGCCUGAGAUUCAUGGAAACCCGCCGAAGAGCGCGACUGGUGCCCCGCUUGCUGGCAACUCUGAUGGCUGGAACGCCACCAGUGGUACUUGGCACUGGAGCGACGCCGAUGAGGCAGCUGUUUCCAGCGCUGUGAGCCAAGAAUCACAGACCGCGACAUCUGCUGCUCCAGCGAGCAGCGUCACGGCCGGUCCCGGUGAGACCGUCGAGGUAACGACUCUGCCUAACGGCCAGGUGGUGACGAACGUCGUCACGGUCGUUGUCACGGUCACGGAGGGCGCUGAGCCAGUUGAAACGAGCUCUGCCAGCUUGACCAAGGCGGACAGCGCGACGCCUGUCACAACUCCGGUCGGUAGCGUGACACCUGGGCCCGGCGAGGCCGUCCAGGUUACUACCCUACCUAAUGGUGAGGUAGUGACGAAGGUCGUCACGGUUGUUGAGGAGGUCACAGUCUUCUUGCCGGCGCCGACUGCUUGA